GGAGACGCGACGCACGCGACACGAGUCCAACAAAGGCACGCCCACCAUCCCCACCACCGUCGUCCGUCCUCCUCAUCCCCUGCCCCCUCCCCUCCCCUCCCCUCCCAACGCUUUGCCUUUCCUCCCUCGAGCCCCUCCCCGCACCGCCCAAAUCCAUUGCCAACAACCCUCCCGAUCCGCAUCCCCAUGACCCGGAAGCGGCGCAAGCACGCAGCCGCGGAGUAGGGUUGAGGGUGGGGUGGGGGGGAUCGCGGGGGUCCAUGGAGUCGCUGCCGCGGAAGCGCAAGGGGGCGCGCUCCGCGUGCUCCCUCGUCGGGUCGUUCCACGAGGCCGCCGGCGCCGCCCGCAAGCGCGCGUGCAGGGAGCCCAAGCCCCGGCCGGAGAAGAAGAAGCCCGCCUCCGCGGGCGAUGACGCCUCCGGCCGGGGCGGCGUGGUGCAGACGGCGCCGCCGGCGAGCGGGCGGGCCGCGCCGGAGAGCCCCAGCAGGGGGCUGAAGCGGAAGCUGGGAUGCAUCGAGUCGGCCACGCGGAUGGGGCGGAAGAAGCGGCUCGAGAGCGAGUACGAGCUCGGCGCCGAGAUCGGCCAGGGGAAGUUCGGCUCCGUCCGGAUCUGCCGCGCCAAGGUGGGCGGCGAGGAGUUCGCCUGCAAGGCGCUGCCCAAGAACGGGGAGGAGACCGUCCACCGCGAGGUGGAGAUCAUGCAGCACCUCUCUGGCCACCCCGGCAUCGUCACGCUCAAGGCCGUCUUUGAAGACGCCGACAAGUUCUAUCUCGUCAUGGAGCUAUGUGGCGGCGGCCGCCUGCUCGAUCAAAUGGCGAGGGAGGGCAAGUUCUCCGAGCAGCGCGCUGCCAUUGUGAUCAAAGAUUUAAUGUCCGUGGUGAAGUACUGUCAUGAGAUGGGCGUCGUUCACAGGGACAUUAAGCCGGAAAAUAUUCUACUCACCAAGGCAGGAAAGAUAAAGCUCGCAGAUUUUGGACUGGCUGCACGAGUUGCCGAUGGUCAGAAAUUGUCUGGCAUUGCUGGUAGCCCAGCUUAUGUGGCACCUGAGGUUUUGUCUGGAUGCUACACUGAGAAAGUAGACAUAUGGGGCGCUGGUGUGCUACUUCAUGUACUGCUGCAUGGUUCGCUUCCAUUUCAAGGGGGUUCACUAGAUGCUGUCUUUGAGGCUAUAAAGACAGUUGAACUUGAUUUCCACAGCGGUCCAUGGGAAUCAAUAUCAUCUCUUGCACGGGAUCUGAUUAGUCGAAUGCUGGACCGAGAUGUGCUAUCCAGAAUUACUGCUGACGAAGUUCUUAGUCACCCAUGGGUCGUGUUCUACACAGAGUGCCCCCUGAAGGCUGUAGCUACUAAUCUGAGUAUCACUAACAAGAUUGUAGCACCCAGAAUUACAUGGGACAGAAUUAGGUUACAUUGUGAGUCGAUAUCUUCAGAUUCAUCGAGUCAGAGGUCAGCAGAUCAAGAUGAAUGUGGUAUAGUUGAUGCACUGACAGCAGCAAUAACAAAUGUUAGGAUAUCAGAGCCAAAAAGGAGCCGGCUGUGUAACCCAGCCAUUCCCAUACAGCAGGAAUGCUCUUCAAACUUGAAGAGCAACCUCUGUACGGCAUUCUGACCCGACCUGAUGUACAGCUCCUGAUUGGAAAGGUACAUAUUUUUCGCAUAAGGUUGGUCUGAUGCCACUUAAGCCUCCAUCAGGUGGUGUUUCUGAGCUGAGGAUAAUAACCCGGGUUUCUGUCAAAUCAAAACAAGCGUUUGACAUGGGUUUGAUCUAGUUUUUAUCUGGUGAUGCUGAUAAACCUGCCAUUAGAAGGCCGGUUCUGUAAAUUUUGUAAAUAUCAUGAUCCCCUUAGCUCCUGAGUUGCUAACUUAUGCGUACGUAGUGAAUUGUUUCAAUUAAUGUUGAUAAAAUGUUGUGUGCC